GGGGACGGGGGUUGUUGGGCGGGCGGUUGGAUCGCCCGGAGAGACGACGCGAGGUACCUCUGCAGCUCUGCUGCACCCAUUGGGAUUCGUAUUGUUUUUACCGGCUCUCAGAAUAUGCCAAUCCUAUAAUCAUAUGGCAAGUUGCUCCCAAUGGGCAAUGGCGUCACCCGAGCACGCCGCCGCCGCAACCAACUCAGGUCUUCUCCGCCCAUAUCCUCCACCGAAAGGCCCCAAGCCCACGUUGCUGCUCGGUCCACUCCGCUAGACUUGGGAUUGCCGACGGGCACACGCAAGCAGACGAUCGGAUAUGGUAGAUUUAUUCUAACAGAACCUGUCCAAAUCGGAGGAGAGCGACCCCCCACGCUUCGGCAGAGACGGACGGAGGAACCGAGCUGAGCACGAAAGCCAUGGCGCGGAAGGAGCAGGAGCAAUCCUCAAUGGGCGCCGCCGAGCGCCGGCUCCGCGCAGUCUCCGCCCACCUCCAGCCGCCGGCGUCCGCCGGAGGCUGCGACCUCGCCGCCAAUCCCACCGCCGGCGAGUACGCCCACGUGCAAGGCUACAGUGUUGUUCUCCCUGAGAAGUUGCAAACCGGAAAGUGGAACGUGUACCGAUCUGCACAUUCGCCUUUAAGGUUAAUAAACAGAUUUCCUGGUACUCCUGACAUUGGAACGCUGCAUGAUAAUUUUGUGUAUGCAGUUGAGACUUUUAGAGAUUGUAGAUAUCUGGGUACAAGAAUCGGCGCAGAUGGAACAGCUGGAGACUACAAAUGGAUGACAUAUGGAGAAGCUAGCACGAGCAGAACUGCAAUAGGUUCUGGUCUCAUUUAUCAUGGAAUACCUGAAGGUGCAUGCAUUGGUCUGUAUUUUAUAAACAGACCCGAGUGGAUCAUAGUUGACCAUGCUUGUGCUGCAUAUUCAUAUGUAUCUGUGCCACUUUAUGAUACUCUUGGUCCAGAUGCAGUUCAAUUCAUCGUGAACCAUGCAGCAGUAGAAGUUAUUUUCUGCGUGCCUCAAACACUAAGCACUCUUUUAAGCUUUAUAACUCAAAUGCCUUGUGUUCACCUUAUUGUGGUAGUUGGUGGAGAUGAUGCAAAGAUGCCAUCUGCACCUGCAACUACCAGGCUGGAAAUUAGUACUUACUCCAGACUACACUAUGAGGGAAAGAUGAAUCCUCAACCUUUUCGUCCUCCAAAACCUGAAGAUGUAGCCACUAUCUGCUACACUAGUGGCACUACUGGCGCACCAAAGGGAGCUGUUCUUUCUCACGAGAACUUAAUCGCAAAUGUAGCAGGAUCAAGCCUGGAUAUUAAGUUUUACCCCUCUGAUGUGUAUAUCUCAUAUCUACCUCUGGCUCACAUCUACGAGAGGGCUAACCAGGCUGCAUUGCUUCACUAUGGUGUUGCUGUUGGAUUCUACCAAGGGGAUAAUUUGAAGCUAAUGGAUGAUCUGGCAGCUUUGAGACCAACAGUAUUUGCAAGUGUUCCCCGGUUAUAUAACAGAAUUUAUGCUGCAAUUACACAUGCUGUGAAGGAGUCUGGAGGGUUGAAAGAAAGAUUGUUUCAUGCUGCAUACAAUGCCAAGAGGCAAGCGAUUAUAAAUGGGAAAAAUCCAUCGUCAAUGUGGGACAAGUUGGUAUUUAACAAAAUAAAAGCUAGGCUUGGCGGACGAGUGAGACUUAUGUUUUCAGGGGCUUCUCCAUUGUCGCCAGAUGUCAUGGAAUUUCUAAGAAUAUGCUUCGGUGGUGAAGUUCUUGAAGGGUAUGGGAUGACGGAGACAUCUUGUGUCAUCAGUACAAUGGAUAUUGGUGAUAAAUUAAUUGGUCAUGUUGGAUCUCCAAAUCCUUCUUGUGAGGUUAAACUUGUGGAUGUCCCAGAAAUGAACUAUACUUCAGAGGAUCAACCAUAUCCUCGUGGAGAAAUUUGUGUUAGGGGGCCUAUAAUAUUCCGUGGUUACUAUAAAGACGAAGUCCAAACAAGAGAGGUCAUUGAAGAGGAUGGUUGGUUGCAUACUGGAGACAUAGGUUUGUGGCUGCCUGGAGGGCGUCUGAAAAUUAUUGAUAGGAAAAAGAACAUUUUCAAGUUAGCCCAAGGAGAAUACAUAGCCCCGGAGAAAAUUGAGAAUGUAUACGCCAAGUGCAAGUUCAUUGCCCAAUGCUUUAUAUAUGGUGAUAGUUUCAACUCUUCCCUAAUUGCCAUCGUAGCAGUCGAACCAGAGGUGUUGAAGGCUUGGGCUGCAUCAGAAAGAAUCCAGGAUUUUGCAUCUGCAAGCUUUACUACUACCCCAUCAUCAAUCACCAUCAUUCAAAGCAUUUGAAAGGUUUGUAUGCAAAUAUAUGGCAUUGUCCAAAAUUUUGAAUUGUGCUAUUAGCAUGCCAGCACGGUACUAGCUGGAAACUGGGAGAGGAUCAUAGUUGCCAAUCGGCCCAGUACUUUAUUUCAAAACCUUGGUACCAAUAAUUGGUGAUAUCGACUGGCUAGGUUUUGCGCACAUGAGCUGGCUUACAUUCUAGAUACCAGGCCUUCCCCACCCCAUUUGUAAGAUUACGUGGUAGGCUACUGCACGGUUUCACAUGGAUAUGGUCAUUGAAUACUUGGCCACCUGCAUAUGUACACACAAUGUCCAAAUGUUCAAAGAAAAUUUUGACUUGUUAUUACAAAAUUUUGUUGCACAUUGGACAUAAUGGUUUUGUGGGCAGUUUCAAGAAAACUGUGGGGGUGAUGGCUGUGAUCAUAAGGAUAGGGGCUGAAUGAGGUCAAUUACUAAACUGUAGCAAAUGAGAUUUCUAGUUGAAUGAGUGAUUGGAAGUUAGUAUUGGCAUCUGAGUUAAAGAAAUGAACAUUAAUGAUUGAACUUCGCAGUCCUUAAUGGGUUCCAUCUUGUACUGAAAGUAUGAAAUGGAAGCCUGGGAAGUUCACAGAAGUUGGAGCAUUGUCUCAUACCGUCGGAUAAUUUUUGGGAUAGGGUUUAAGGUUCUGUUCUUUUUUUACAUAGAGCC